AUGGGGAGAGAAAAGAGGGCUGGUCCGGCCGUCGUCACGGCGAAGGACAAGGCCCGAAAACGCAAGGAGAUUGACCGCAAGGCACCCCUGCCAUCUGGCUUGAAAGCUGCCAGGGACACAAGUACCAAGUACAAGAGUUUCUUCGAGUUGGUGCAGAACAAGGAUUUUAAGAGCAAACCGCUCGAGUUCGAGGUACCAGCCUACGCCGACGAUGAAGCCUCAUGUCCAAAAACGUCAAAACGCGAACCCCCUCCGCUUUUCGCCUUUGUGCCCGUCGGCAACCCUGAGCUGGCUGUGGCGUGCAAGGAACUCUCGCGCGAGCGAGGGGCCAUGGUCUACAUCGUAUCCGAGACCAGAAAUGACAACAUCUCCGACCUUGUACACCAGACGAACCGGAUCGGCUACCACUUUCGUCAACAGAUCGUACAAGAGGCCGCCCGUACAUUAGGCAUCGAUUAUUUCAACAAACCUCAGCAACUUGCGCCCAAUGGCUGCGAGCUGAUCCCGUCUUCUCAGGUGGACAUUAACAAUCAAGCUAGGGCUGCUAUUGAUGACCUAUUUCCCAAGAUGCCUGGACUCGACAAGGAAGAGAUUGUCGCUCGCGCUUUUCGAAAGUUAGCUGUGCUGGCUCACAUUAGGCACGCCCAUACGCGGUAUGACGAACUUCUUAGGGAAACCACAUGGUCCAACGCUCGAAGAGCCACGGAGGCGCUUUGCCUCGAUAUCCUCGUCAAGUGGCGAGGCGAUGACGAGUCUGGGCGAGACCAGCUCGACGAAAUCAUGAGAGAGAUUGUGGUCGUGACAGACGACGAAGGCGACGAUGCCCCGGAAGAUGCCAUCGACGAUCCUGAUUCCGACUCCUCGAGCAGCGUCGAGUUUCAAGGCAGCAAUGCCCUUGUGCCUAACCCCAUCACAGCUCUUGAUGCAGCACGCAACACUCCUCUCAACGGUCGUGCGGCAUCCGCUAAACCUCAGCGGAAGGCGCGGAAGAAGCAGGGCAUUCCAGUGAAGUCGGCGAAGUCAAGGAAGGCUCAGCUGCACGAGCAGCGCAAAGCCCAGAAGAGUCUCAAGCGGUACGAGGUGGCUUGGAACCAGGCACUCGACCGUCAACGGGCGAACCCGAAUCCUCAAGAGGCGCCCGAGGCUGGUGGAUCUGCUAGUCACGGAUCCUAUCCUCACGGGUUUUCUGAUUAUCCAGUAUCUCCAUCCCAUCCCUCUCCCCAUCUCUCUGCUAUUCGUGGGCCGUCUCAAACGGGGUAUACAUUGGGGUAUACUCAGAGCGGCAUCAUUGGCGAGCCACGGCCCGGUUCAUAUUUUCGACCUCCCCCCCAUUACCUGAACCACACUUUACAGCAUCCGAAAGACCUACAUUCGAAGCGGCAAGCGAACCUUGGCGCCAGGACAUGCUACAUCCGUCCAUUGAACAGCCGUCCCCUCAGCGUCCCUCCUUUGAGAGUAGCAGCGGGUCGAGAAGGCCGUCCCCUAGUUUCUCUGGAGCGGCACCUUGCUUACAAUGACGGCGGCCACGCACCCCGUGAAUGGUAUGAGCCAAGGAAUCGACAGCCUAUCCUGCGUGAUCCUGGCUAUUCUUCCAUGCUAGAGUCUCCAUUCAGACCAGAUGCCAAGCCACACGGUAGUAGCGAUGCCCACUUGUAUCGGGCGCCAGCCCAACAAAGACCCCUGUAUGAACGUGUGCCGGAAUAUGGACACACUCAACCUUCGCCACUACAAUGCGAGGUCAUUGUGUUAGACAGGGACCGAAUCAUGCGCGACGUGCAUAGCCCUGAUCACAGGAUUAGUGACUUCCAACGGAGCAGGCAGGCACACUUACCACAGGCACCUACCUUGGCGCCACAAGCCCACGGCUCGUCCAUGCCGGAGGGAUUUUUGCGGCUGAGGGAAGGUGUGCCGCCUGCCCUGUCGCAUGCCACCCUACGCGAUGAAGGAUUCGUACGACUCAGGGAGUCGCCUCAGAUCCGGCGUGACCCAGCAACAGCCCACGGCACCUAUCCACGGGCAAACGGACAGCGAUCUGGAUUGGAUGGCGUUUACAACAUGCCAGAGGCAACACCAGAACAGCCUGUUUAUGUUCGACGUGCCGGGCCCGGUUUUGAUAGCCCCUAUCGACAAGGCUAUCAUCCUCAUGAUGUUCGUGAUGCAGGACCCUCGUCUGGACGACAACACGACCAGACGUCAUUAGACUACCCCAGCCGGCCAGCCCACGCUCAGCACGCGCCCUACCGCGGCUACGCAGCGCAGCCCAUGUCAGCCGAGAGUAGUUCCAGUGGAUAUGUCAUCAAUGAUCGUCAAUACACUCCUCGGACGCCGCUACCCCCUGAUCACCAGAUCAUACUCAUCGAUAGUUGA